AUGGUCAAGAUUUCCGAGUUCGCCGUUGAGCGUUGGAUGGACGACCACGAGAAUGAUGCCAAAUAUAAUAUCGCCGAGACAUGCUGUGCCUCUAUUUCACUAGAUGACCUCGCUGCUUUCUCCAAGAAACCGGGCAACGUCCUGGACUUUUCCCAAAAGCAGACGUACGGUGCAAUUCGGGGCACAAACGCCCUACGGACGAACAUUGCGAAUCUGUACUCCGACAGCACCAGUGAGGCGUUGACAGCUGAGAAUGUUCUCGUCACGAACGGUGCUAUUCAGGCCAACUUCCUGAGUCUGUAUACCAAUGUUGGGCCCGGGGACCAUGUUAUCUGCCACUACCCGACAUACCAGCAGCUGUAUUCCGUUCCCGAGUCGCUCGGUGCUGAAGUCAGUCUGUGGAAGUCGAAGCAAGACGAGAACUGGCGUGUGGAUUUGGCUGAGCUCAAGGGAUUAAUUCGGCCAAAUACCAAGGUUAUCGUUCUCAAUAACCCACAGAAUCCCACUGGUGCCGUCCUAAGCAAGGAACUGCUGCAAGAUAUUGUUGAUAUUGCACGCCAGCAUGAUAUCACCAUCCACAGCGACGAAGUAUACCGGCCUCUCUUCCACUCCCUCGACGCCGACCAGCACCCGCCCUCUAUACUGUCCUUCGGAUACGACAAGGUCGUUGUAACCGGUUCAAUGUCGAAGACAUUUAGUCUAGCUGGAAUCCGCGUUGGAUGGAUUGCGUCUCGAAGCCGCGAGAUCGUUGAACAAUGUGCAUCUGCUAGACAUUACACUAUGAUCUCAUUGAGCCAGGUCGAUGACCAGAUUGCGACUGCAGCGCUGAGCGCCCCCACUGUGAAUAACCUGCUGCAGCGGAAUAUAGAUCUCGCGAAGAGAAACUUGGUGGAGGUGGAUGCUUUUGUGCGAGAGUUUGAGUGGGCGGUUAAAUGGACUCGACCCCGUGCAGGAACGACUGCGUUCAUGCAGUUUGUUGAUCGAGCUGGGAGGCCGGUCAAUGAUGUCGAGUUUUGUAAACGCGUGCAAGCGAAGACUGGUGUUAUGAUGGUGCCAGGUAGUGAGUGCUUUGGUGAUGGGAGUGACUUCAAAGGGUUUGUCCGUAUGGGAUAUGUGCCUGAGCAUCAGGUUCUAGUGGAUGGACUGCAGGCAUUGCGGAAGUUCAUGCGGGAAGAGUAUGAAGAAUUAGUAGGUUAG